AUGAUAUCUUGUUGUGGUUGUAAUAGUAAACCCAUCAAAGGGCCUACUUCUCUGAUUUGUAACAAUAAGAAGUGUGAAAGAAGCAAAGUAACAGGUGUUCCUCGAUAUCUCACAAAUAUUUCCGUUUACGAUAAGAGUGAACAAGCCGUUUUUGUCAUUCUUGGUGAAGCUGGCAAAGAGUUGACUCAGAAGCAUGCAUCGGAAUUGGUUGCCAACUACUUUGAGACCCAUAGAUUCAUCGUCAAGGUCACGGAGCAUAAUCUGUCAGGGAAGAUCCAAACCAUUACUGUCACAAAGAUACUCCCUCCUCAGACUUCCAAUGAUGCUUUGAAUACUGGAGGUGAUGAUUCUGGGCCUUCAGGAGGUGUUGGGGAUUCUGUUGGUGAAAGGAUUAGGAAAGAAUCUGAGUGUCUUGGAUUAGAGGAGUCUAAGCGUGCCAAGAGUGGCUAA